AUGUCGUCUCGCCCGCGCCGUGCGACGCGCCGCCAGGCCAUCGUUGACUCGUCGGAUGAUGAUGAUGAGAUCGCCAACGUCACCAAGAGGGAAUCGAGUGAGGAAGACUUCGCUCCAGAGCCCUCAAAGAGCCCAGUGCGCCGACCAACACGCGCUCGAAAGAGCGCUGCACCCAAGUCUGCGCCCACCACAACUGCACCCACCCCGACUGCCCCGCGCCGUCGUGGCAGACCGAAAAAGAAUGCCGAGCCUACGCCGUCAGAAGCCCCUUCGACGCUUGAGGCCUCUUCAAUCCUCGAGGAUCCUUCGGCAGUAGACGAGCCGUCUGUAGCAGAGACGUCAGUGGCAGAGGAACCUUCGGCUGUCGAAGAACCAUCGACUCUAGAGACGCCCACAACACUUGACGUUGCCCCCUCAAUAGAGCCCAGCGAAAUUUUCGAUCCCGACCAGACCGUUACCAAGAACGAGCCGCUAUCUUCUCCGAGAAAGGCCUCACCUGGAAAGCCCAGGAAGAGUGCCGCGCCUCGUGGAUCCACCAAGUCCUCAACACCCUCAUCCAGACCGACGCCCAAACCAUCCGCCACACCCGAGCCUUCCCGGCCGCAGGUUGAGCCUCUUGCCGAUAUUACAUCUGCCACCAUCAACGAGCAAAGGCCCGCCCCUGAUGACACACAGGCCACCUUUAAGCCUGUCCGCGCCAUGGACACUGUUUUGGAGAAGCCGAUGGACAUCGUCCUGAAGUCGCGGAACCUUACAAUUCCUGUCGUCGAGGACACGACUCCCAAGCCUCGUCUUCAUGUUGAGAAGGAGAAAAAUAGUCUCGAAGAUAAGAAGAACAAAGCGCUGGCAUACAUUCGCGACGAGAAUGAGCUUACAAUCAAGAAGUCCGCCCUCUACCAACUGUACAUUGGAGAAUGCAACGACAACGUCGCCGUUACCGAAGAGGCGAUCAGCCAAAUGCAGGCUCAGCUAGACGAAGAGCUGGAAAAACACCACGGCAGCGAAAAGAUUAUCAAGGAACUGCAAAAGUCUUACUCUCGCGGCAGCAAAGAAUUUGAGACGCAAGCAAAGGACACUGAGGCCCUCGUCAAGGAGAUGGCCAAGUUUGAGCAAGAACGUGUCAAGUUUGACGAGAAGAAGAAGUUUCUCAACGACAAGCAGAAGAAGCUGGAAAAGACUAUCGCCAAUGCCGAGAAAUCUGCCGUUGAAGCUGAAGAGACCAUCGCCCAGUGCACCGAGGAGAUCGAGGACCGCGCCAAGGAGAUUGCUUCGCUCGAGAUCAGAGUACAGGAAGAAGAGGCUGAGCUCGCAACUAUCCGUGAGAGCCUCAAGGGCAAGACGCAGAAGUUCUCCGAUCAGAUUGCAAUCAAGCAGAAGUCUUUGGAGCCUUGGAAGGAGAAGAUCAACCAGAAGCAGUCCGCAAUUGCUGUCGCGCAGAGCGAGAUGAACAUCCUUGAAGAGAAGGCCAACGCCGGUGCAGUAGCGAUUUCUGAGACGGAGGCCAAGAUAGCCGCCAUCGAGGAUGCCAGAACCGCCAAGGCCGAGGAGCUCAAGCAGUGCCAGGCCGAGAAGGCCAAGUUGGAGGAGGAGGCAAAGGAAGUCGAGAAUGAAUUGGCUCGUUUCAACGCCCACGAGCCCAAGAUUCGCGCAAAGGUAUCAAAUGCCCGACAGAAAGCCGACGAAGCGCGCUCUAGUCUGUCUAAGACACAGACCCAGGGCAAUGUGCUUACGGCUCUGAUGCGCAUGCGCGAGUCUGGCCGUAUCGACGGGUUUCAUGGAAGACUUGGUAACCUUGGCGCUAUCGAUCAGAAGUACGAUGUCGCCAUCUCCACGGCGUGUGGGGCUCUUGACAACUUCGUCACUGACACCGUCGAGGCUGGUCAACAGUGCAUUGAGUACCUGCGCAAGACCAACCUUGGCCGCGGCAACUUCAUGUGUUUGGACAAACUCAGAGUACGGGACAUGAAGCCAAUCCAGACCCCGGAGAACGCCCCUCGUCUGUUCGACCUUGUCACUCCCAAGGAAGAAAGAUUCAGGCCUGCCUUCUACCAUGCCCUCCAGGACACUCUGGUGGCCAACGACCUUGCUCAAGCUAACAGAAUCGCCUACGGCGCUAAGAGAUGGCGUGUUGUUACCCUAGCUGGCGAGCUGAUCGACAAGUCUGGUACUAUGUCUGGUGGUGGCUCGACUGUCAAGAGAGGCCUGAUGUCAUCGAAGCUUGUUGCCGAGACCUCUAAGGAGCAAGUCACCAAACUCGAAGAGGAUCGUGACGUUCUGGAAGAGAAGUACAACGACUUCCAAGAACAGCAGCGAGAGCUCGAGACAAGGCUGCGCGAGCUCAACGAACAGAUCCCUAUGCUCGAUACCAAAAUGCAGAAGAUCACUCUGGAAAUUGAGAGUGCCGCCCGGAAUCUCGCUGAUGCUCACCGCCGCAUCAAGGAGUUGAGCAAAGAACACCAGCCUUCGGCCUCGGACGACAACCGCAUUGCGGCUCUUCGCAAGGAGAUUGCCAAGCUCAACAAGGAGGUAGAGAAGCUUCACGACGAGACAUCUGGUGUCGAGGAAGAGAUCAAGGCCCUUCAAGACAAGAUUAUGGAAGUUGGUGGUGAAAAACUCCGCCUGCAGAGAGCCAAUGUCGAUUCCCUGAAAGAGGAGAUUGUGUCUCAGAACGAGGAGACAUCCAACGCCGAGGUCCGCAAGGUCAAGGCCGAGAAGCAUAAGACGAAGCUCGAGAGAGAUCACGCCAAGGCAACUAAGGAGAUUGAGGCGGCGAUCCGAGAUCUUGAGAAGCUCGAUCACGAGAUCGAGAACCAGGGCGAGAAGGCCGAGUCACUUCAGAGCCAGGUCGAUGAGGCCGAGGAGGGCUUGGCGGCAAAGAAGCGGGAGUUGUCAUCCCUCAAGGCCGAACUCGACGAGAAGACUUCUGAGCUGAACACUACUCGUGCCACCGAGAUUGAGAUGCGCAACAAACUCGAAGAGAACCAGAAGGUUCUAGCCGAGAACCAGAAGAGGCUCAUGUACUGGAACGACAAGCUGUCUAAAUUGACGCUCCAGAACGUUGAGGACCUCACCGGUACCUCCAACUCCGCACCCAAGCGUACUUCUGCACCAGCACCUGUCGAGGGAGAGGAAGGCGAAGAAGCUGAGGGCGAUGGUGACAGAACCGUCACUCAGGAUGCAGUGAACGGCAACGAAUCCCAGCACUCCGAAGAGAAUGACGAAGAAGCCGAACAGCCUGAGCGGCCUUCAAGCCAGCCUCAAGAGCUGCCUGUGUACACCCCUGACGAACUAGCCGAUAUGAGCAAAGAGAAGCUCAAGGGAGAGAUCGCCGCCUUGGAGGAAAAAACCCAGAACGUCAACGUUGAUCUCGGUGUGCUCGCCGAGUACCGUCGCCGUGUUGAGGAGCACGCUGCUCGCUCAUCAGACCUGCAGAGCGCCGUCGGCCAACGCGACGCUGCCAAGAAGCGCUGCGACGAGCUCCGGCGUUUGCGGCUCGAAGGCUUCAUGGAGGGCUUCAGCACCAUCUCCUUGCGCCUGAAGGAGAUGUAUCAAAUGAUCACCAUGGGUGGUAACGCCGAACUUGAGCUGGUCGACUCUCUUGACCCCUUCAGCGAAGGUAUUCUGUUCAGUGUCAUGCCUCCAAAGAAGUCAUGGAAGAACAUCAGCAACUUGUCCGGUGGCGAGAAAACGCUCAGUAGUUUGGCGCUUGUCUUUGCCCUCCAUCACUACAAGCCGACGCCUCUGUACGUCAUGGACGAGAUUGACGCUGCCUUGGACUUCAGAAACGUUUCAAUUGUCGCCAACUACAUUAAAGAGCGCACCAAAAACGCCCAAUUCAUUGUCAUCUCACUCCGAAACAACAUGUUUGAGCUGGCCGCCCGGCUUGUUGGUGUUUACAAGGUGAAUCACAUGACAAAGAGUGUGACAAUCGAGAACCAAGAUUACAUUGUGAGAAGGGGCCAGCAGGGCCAGACUCAGACGGCCACGCAGCAGACGACGAUGGCGCGGUGA